AAGCGCCGAACUCUAGUUUCCAAAGUUUUCUGUGUGGAGCUAUGGACAGCUGAUGGACAAAAGUGAGUUUCUGCCCCAUUCACCGCCUAGUUAACAGAUGGAUGACAUCAAUGUACUACACCACAGAUGCCUCCUGAACUUGAGGCGCCGAAUUAGAGAUAUUGGGGAUGGACGGCCAGCGCAGGAGCGAUACAUGAGACUGCAGAAGGACGGAGACACACUCAGUUACCAAGGGAACUCUGAAGAAGUGGGUUGCUAUGUGGCUGGCCAUCCUUUAUCAAAGGGAAACUGCUACUUUGAGGUGACAAUAGUGGACACAGGGGUGAGGGGGACCAUUGCUGUGGGCCUGGUGCCUAAAUUCUACAGGCUGGACCACCAGCCUGGCUGGCUGCCAUACUCUGUAGCUUACCACGCUGACAACGGCAAGUUAUACAAUGGCAACCCUGUUGGGCAGCAGUUUGGGCCAAAAUGUGCCCGAGGUGACCGCAUCGGCUGUGGAAUACACUCAGAAAAUAUAGAAGCCGGUUUUACAACAGUCUUUUUCACCAAAAAUGGCAAAGAGGUGGGUUCAGUAGAGGUUCCCGUGUUGGCGGAGGGGCUUUUCCCAGCUGUGGGGAUGCACUCGAUGGGGGAGGAGGUGAAGGUUGACCUGCAGGCCGAGUGGUUCCUGGAGGAGGAUGACAGUAUGAUGAUGGUCGACAGCCACGAAGAUGACUGGGGACGACUUUAUGACGUCAGAGUGAGCGGCACGCUCUUGGAGUAUGUUGGCAAAGGAAAGAGCAUUAUGGAUGUGGGUUUGGCCCAGGCCCGCCAGCCACUCACCACUCGCUGCCAUUACUAUGAAGUGGAGAUAGUCGAUGCUGGAGAGAAGUGCUACAUUGCCCUGGGCUUGGCAAGAAGGGAUUACCCCAAGAACCGACACCCGGGAUGGAGUCGAGGGUCGGUGGCCUACCAUGCAGAUGAUGGGAAGAUCUUCCACGGCAGCGGCGUUGGAGAUGCUUUCGGUCCUCGCUGCUUCAAGGGUGACAUCAUGGGCUGCGGCAUCAUGUUCCCACGAGACUACAUCCUGGACAGGGAAGGCGACAUGGACGACUGGGACCGGCUGGAGGUCCGCCCGGCUCACGCAGGUGUCCAGAAUGUUCUGUACCUCAACGACGAAGAGGAGGAGGAGGACGAGGAGGACGGGGAAGAGGCAGAGCAGGAACAGGAGGGCAGGAAGGUCACGGUGUUUUUCACCAGGAACGGGAAGCUGAUGGGCCGCAGGGAGAUGGUGAUCCCUCCCGGGGGUCUCUACCCCACCGUGGGGAUGCUGAGCAGCGGCGAGAAGGUGAAGGUGGACCUGCACCCUCUGAGCGGAUGAUCCGAGGCCGGACCGGAGCCGUGACGCCCUGCAAACAGCUGGCUGCGCUGUAGAGCUCACCCACGGUAGCCUAGCAUGCUGCUAACACUCGCCACAACACACUCACUCUCAGCCGUGCACGUCGCCGUCGUCGUCUUCCUCCUCCUCCUCCUCCUCCUCCUCCUCCUCCUCACAGCUUUUUAUUUAUGAGACUCUGGACAUGUCACCGUCACGUCACAGCCGCUGUGGUGGUUUGGAAGCAGGGGGAGGCUCCCGGGCCGAUGCGUAGGUUACAUGCUGCAGGAGCGAAGCUGCUAAAGGCUCCUGAGAGACGUUCAAACUGUUAAUUCUAUGCAAUCUGCACUGCGAUCAUCCUCCCCGUCUAACCUCCUUCUGCAUGCAGUGUGGCUCUGGAGCUCUGAGCGGGUGAAUCCCUCUCAUGAGGUCUGGCACACUUAGUUUAUUUCAUUUGUCACAACCCCAAGCAAAGCAGAGCAGAGAGGCCAACAGUUGUGCCGAGUCAGAGCUGGUUGGCAGUUUAAGUUUCAGGGAAUAGACUCCCCCCUUCUCCCCUCUCUCUCUCUCUCUACUCUCUCUACUCUCUCUUUGUCUCUCUCUCUCUCUGGGUGAUGGCGCCCUCCUCUGACCAAUCAGGGUUCUGCCGUCGCUCCGCCUCCCUCGCUGCUCCUUCUCCUUGGAAGUGGAUCAGUUAUUUCAGAAAUGUUUCGCAUCUGGAUUUGUUCUGCUCAGACAAACACAACCAAACAUGAGGCGCCGCCACCGAGCGGCUUCCCGUCAGACGUUUCCUAAGAGAGCGUGAACAGAGUCGUGAGUAUUUGAAUUCACAAAAGAAAGAA